CGCGGCGUAUAGUGUGGGGCCGUGUCCACGCGUGUUUUGAAAGAUCUCCUCAAAGUUCGUGUCAGUUUCUGUGAUGGCCUCCAAACGGCCUCAGGAUGAGUGCAGCAGCACAGAGAGGAAGAAGAAGAAGGAAAAGAAAGAGAGCCGCGAGGAGCCCGCGGAGCUCUGCGCAGCCGUAGAAGAGGAACAGGUGAAGAGAGCCGUGCAGGAGGCGUGGAGCUGCAGGGCGUCCUACAAGCACGGCGAUCUGGAGUUGGACUGCCACCCUUUUCCUCACUGCAUCAUCAAAAACUUCAUCAGCAGCCAAACCUUUGUAGAAAACCUCCAGAAAGAGCUGCUGGAGCUCAACUUCCAUGAAAAGUCAAAUGAUCUGUACAAAUUUAAACAGUCAGAUGACUUGAAGAAAAGAGCAGAGCCGCAUAUCGCAGGACUGAGGGCAGCACUGUUUGGGCGUUUCCGGUCCUGGCUCGGAGAGGUGCUGGGGGUUGAGCUGGAGCCCACAGUGGAUAUUUCUUGUGCUAAAUAUGAAUACACAGAUGUUCUUUUGUGUCAUGAUGAUGAGUUGGAGGGGAGGCGCGUGGCUUUCAUUUUGUAUCUUGUGCCUCCGUGGCAGAGCAGCGAUGGGGGAACCCUCGAUCUAUACACAACAGACAGUUGUUUCCAGCCACAGAGCAUAGUGAAGUCCCUCGUACCCUCUUGGAACACACUCGUCCUCUUUGAAGUUUCUCCUGUCUCCUUUCAUCAAGUGUCUGAAGUUUUGUCACAGGAUAAGUGUCGCCUGUCUCUGAGCGGCUGGUUUCACGGACCUUCUUUGGAACGUCAUCCUCGCCACGUAGAGCCCACCAUCCAGAGGAAUCCACACUUACCGAGAGAUGAAACAUUGCUGCUGGAGUGGAUCAAUCCUCUUUAUUUGGACAUUUCUUAUCAAGAGCAGAUUCAGGAGGAGUUUGAAGACAGCUCUGAAAUUCAACUCAAAGGAUUUCUCAAGGAGGAGAAGUUCAAGGAAGUGAGUGAAGCGCUUUGGCUCUCUCAGAUUCAGUGGACGAAGAGAGGUCCACCCAAUAAGAGAUGCUAUGAAGUAGCAGCUCUAGACUCCCUGCCUCAGUGUGUGAGUGCAUGCUGGGAGCUGCUUCAUUCAGAAGCGUUCUUCCUGCUCCUCUCCAACUUUACUGGCCUUCGACUGCACUACCUUUGUCCGGCUGAUGAUGAAGAAAAUAACGAUGAAGAGAAGGAUAAAAAGGAGGAAGAGGAUGGAGAAGCCACUGGGUCUUCGAACAAAUCAUCCUCAGCAAAUGCGAGCAGAGAGAAAGAGCCGAGCACACCUGUAUGUUGUGGAGAAGUGCGUCGAUGGUCUCAUGGCAGCUACACUCUGUUGCAUGAUGGCGAGGCAGCGCGGGCAGAGUACGCUUUAGACCUUGUUUUGCCUUUUGGCUGCGCAGGCUGGCAGUCAGAGUUUGGUGGCUUCACGUUUUAUGUUGCUAAUGAAGAGGAUGAGGAGCUUCUGACCAUCUACCCGGAGGACAAUUCCCUCGCCCUCGUCUACAGAGACAAGGAGACCCUCAAGUUCGUCAAACACGUCAACCACAAAAGCACUUCUGACUCUGCUGACAGCUCUACUUGUAGAGAGUUUUAUGACUUUUCUUUUGUCUACUAUGAAUAAAUAUGUAUUUUACUACA